AUGGUUGAUUGGUACAAAGAUAAAGUUGAGAUUGUUAAGGAUGCAUACGAUAAAGGUGCAAAAAAUUGCACAAUGAUAUCUCAUCAUAUACAGAAGGACCUUACAAAAGCUUGUGCACAAGAAGUCAUGUCAGUGAUUAUGGAUGAGAUUGGAGAUAAAAAAUUUUCUGUAUUGAUUGAUGAGUCCCGAGAUGUAUCAAUAAAAGAACAGAUGGCUGUAAUUUUGAGGUUUGUGAAUGAUGAAGGGAAGGUGAUGGAGAGGCUCCUUGGACUUCAGCAUGUUGAGAGUUGUACAGCUGCUUCAUUGAAAGAAGCUCUGGUCAAAAUGCUUAACAGUCAUAAGCUACCAAUCUCUAGCCUUCGUGGGCAAGGUUAUGAUGGAGCUUUCAAUAUGAGAGCCAUUGCAGAUUUCUUUAACUAUGUUCCUCUAAUAGUCAACACUGUCGGCGCAUCAUGUAUGAGAAAGGAUGCCUUGCUUGCAAAGCAUCAUGAUGUGUUGUUAGAAAAGUUGGAGAGUGGGGAGAUUAUCACUGGAAAAGGUUUGAACCAGGAAUGUAGCCUAGCAAGGCCUGAAGAUACUAGAUGGGGUUCACAUCUUAAAACUUUACUUCGUAUUUUGGUGAUGUGGGAAGCUGUCAUAGACGUUCUUGAGAUAGUAAAGAAAGACUCUGUUAAACCAGGAAAUAAUGGUGGAGCAUUUGGUUUAAUUGGUAAAAUGGAGAGGUUUGAUUUUGUGUUCAUAAUGCAUUUAAUGAUAGAAUUGUUGAGCAUCACAGACAGUCUGUCACAUGCUUUGCAAAGGAAGGAUCAAGACAUUGUUGAGGCAAUGCAAUUGAUCAUAGAUGUCAAAGAGCAGUUGCAGGAUAUGAGGGACAAUGGAUGGGAUCCCUUAUUCAAAAGAGUGAAAACAUUCUGUGAUAAGAAUGAGAUUGAAGUGCCAGAUAUGGAUAAGGAAAUAAAUGCUAGAGGGACAUCUACACGUAGAAAGCAAAAAGUAACAAACAUGCACUUCUACCAUGUUGAGAUUUUCCUUGCUGCCAUAGAUGCCAUUUUGUCUGAGAUGAAUCAUCGAUUUGGUGAAGUUAGUUCAAAGUUAUUAGUUUGCAUGGCUUGUCUUAACCCAAGGAACUCCUUCUCUAAUUUUGAUGUGGAUAAGCUUGUGAGAUUUGCUGAAAUUUAUGCUGUGGAUUUUGACGUCGGUGACCUUCUUCUUUUGCCUUAUCAACUGCGAGGAUUUGUCAGUCGUGCUAGAAGAACUCAAGACUUUCUUGGAUGUACAGAGCUUGGAAAGGUUGCUGAAAUUAUGGUCAAGACUAAAAUGAACACAUCUUAUGGAUUGGUGUAUCGGCUCAUUGAAUUAACAUUAAUUCUUCCGGUGGCAACAACUUCAGUUGAGAGGAUAUUUUCUGCUAUGUCUAUUGUAAAGACAGAUUUGCGUAACAAAAUGGGUGAUGAAUGGCUCAAUGACUUAAUGAUAUGUUACACUGAGAAGAAGAUAUUUAGAAGCAUCAAGAAUGACAAAAUCAUAAAACGAUUUGAAGACAUGAAAACCCGGCGUAUGUUAGUGCCUCGGAACAAUUUAGUGGUAUGA